AUGCAAUUCUUGUGCCUACACGGCGCUAUCGGUAACAUCGAUAAUAUCAGUAUUCAGUUAGACCCUCUGCGGAAGGAACUGGAAAGCGACCAAGCCGCUACUUUCCAUUUCAUCAAUGCCCCGGUGUCCGUGGAACCCCCUGAAGGCUUCAGCGAAUAUUUUGGUCCUGGACCGCAUUAUCGAUGGAUGGACGACGAGGGCGCCGGAGAAGAGUCCAUGAUCAAUCGUAUACGGCAGCUACCGACUGGUCGAAAUCCUGAAGAUGUUAUGCGAAGCCUGGCCACUUCCGAGAAGACUUGGAAAAAUCGGGAGACUGUCAUGCAGUAUCUCUAUGAUACACUAGAGGCACAUCCUGAGGUCGAGGGUAUAGUCGGGUACAGCGAGGGAUCUGCGAUGGCGGCUACACUGAUUCUGGACGAAGUGCAUAGAUUGGAAAAGGAGGGGCGACCCAGGAGGAUCAAGUGUGCAGUUUUCUUUACGGGUUGGCCCCCGGUCUCGCCAGACAAUAAAUUGGUUCUUUCAGACGAGACUGAAAUCGUGCUUGAUGUCCCCACUUUGCACAUCGUUGGGGCUAAUGAUCCUUAUCGUUAUGGCGCCCUAGCCCUAUACAAUGUUUGUGACGCGGAUACCGCCAAUAUGUUUGAUACGGGAAAGGKCCAUACAAUCCCUCGUACAGGGAAAGUGAUAUCCGAGCUGGGUGAUGCCGUUAGGGAGCUUAUCUCUUGCACCGAAGAAUAA